AUGGAAUCUAUUGGAACGUCACAAAUUAAGAAAGCCAUACACCACAUAUCAGAGUCAGUGUUUGUGGGACUGUGUCGUAAAGUGGGAACGUCACAAAUGGUGGCUAUGAAGAGAGAUGUGGUUGACAUCUUGGAGAUGGUGGAAUAUUAUGUGAAAACAAGUGAUUACUACAUUGUGAUGUUAAGUGGAAGUUGCAGAGAAGGUUUCAGACUAAAAGAAUCAGAUAUAGACAGUAUGUUUUGGCCAAAUAAUUACCGUGUGAUCUGGGACUUAUCUCAGUCUCAUUAUUACAACACACAGAGACAAACACUGAUCCUUUGUGACUGUUCUGAUAGUCCACCAGGAUUUACUUUGUUAUAUUUACUGUCACCAAGCAUAAACAGGGGAAUCCUGGAGGCGUGCAUUAGAAUGAAGAACAGUUGUUAUAUAUCUAGUUCUAAAUACAGACAGAAGAUAUGUUCCUUAUCAUCAAGUAACGAGACUGAACAUGGACCCUGUGUCAGUGGAGCAUAUGGAACACUAGAAUAUGAUAAUGCCCACUGCCUUUCUUGUGACUUUUGGCCUCCAUCUGCCUCCUCAUGGAUAGAAAGAUGUCACUCAUGGCCCCAGCCUCAUAUUGUUGAUGAUAUAGUAAACAAUGGUUGCCACUUUGUAGCAAUUGGACAUAAACUAGGACGUCAUGAAGAUCAUGAAUGGAGAAUUUCCUUCUCUCUGGCAGAACAAAAACUAGUGUAUGCAAUGAACCACUGUCAAUUCUUAACUUAUUGCUUACUUAAAUUGUUCUUAACAGAAAUAAUUAACAAUGGACUAGAUGAAGAUGAUAAACUACUGUGCUCAUAUCACAUGAAGACAGUAGUUUUCUGGGUAAUUCAACAAAAUACUUUACCUCAUUGGCGUCCACUAAAUCUCCUGGGGUGUUUCUGGGUCUGUUUUAAACUUGUCCUUAAGUGGGUGUAUGAGGGGGUCUGUCCUAACUUUUUCAUUCCAGAUAACAACAUGUUUCUAAGUAAAAUUCAUGGUUACAAACAACGUCAAUUGUUCAUGAGACUGUACGGUUUGUAUGAGAAGGGAUUAGCAUUCCUACUACAAAUUCCCUCCAUUAGGUCUUAUAUUAUAAAUGUCCUUCAUAACCCUAAAGUCUCCAUCUGUACAGAUGAGCAUACUCUGAUUUCUGAGGCUGAGUUUGAUGAAACCCUAUAUAAUGAAAUACACUGCUUUGAUGUAUUAUACAAAUCUGACAUUCAAACUUGUAUGAGAUAUCUACAUACAAUAGAACAGAUGAUAGGUUCACCUCUCCUGACACAGUACCAAGUUAUUAUGCUACAGAUACUUACAGCUUCUCUCCUUAAAGAUACUGCUUUAAUAUUACGCAUGGAAACUUUCACAUGUAAAAACAAACUGAAAUAUAGAGCUGAUAAAAUCUCCUGUCACAUGCUGAAAGUAGCGGCCAAGUUUGGUUUCAUUACUGACAUGCUGUUCAUAGCUAUGUAUUAUUUCGAGACACGAAGAUACAGGGAUGCUUUAUCUAUUACAGAGAUGAUCAAGGGCAAGUUAGCACAGCCAUAUUUGAUGUAUGAGUCAAAAGUAGAUACAAAGAUGUACACUGAGGCUGUAGGGGGGCAGUCUUGGUGUACAAAGAUGAGGAAAGCUGUGGCAUGGGAUAUCCGACUAUACAGUGGAAUCCAUUACAUCAGUGAAUUAGUAUCAGAACAACAGUCUGCUCUUAGGAAGAAGAAGACUAUAUUAUACAUCCCAUCCUUUAUACUGUUAUACAUGCUGGAGGUUUUGUGCUACAGACAUGUAGACACAAUGAGAGUACAAACAGCUCUAGAUGAUCUACAGACCCUAGUGCACUAUGAUCAGGGACAGCUUAUAGAUUUACGACACAGAGACAUAUCGUGGCAGAUUCUUGGGAUCUGUCAACAGUUGACGGGGAACCACCAGACUGCCCUAUACUAA